AUGUCCAGUCUCCAUGCACUGUGCUCCGGCCUGCCCCUACGACCGCUCCCAGAAAACCGGGGACGGCGGGCCGGGGUACCCCAUGCCCCGGUCAGGACCCCCGGCCUCAGCCCUGCUGAGCAGCAGCUGGCACUGAGGAACGCCCUGCGCUACUUCCCGCCAGAUGUCCAGGAGCUGCUGGCCCCCGAGUUCGCCCAGGAGCUGCAGCUGUAUGGGCACAUCUACAUGUAUCGGUUCUGCCCUGACCUUGAGAUGAAGGCCUAUCCGAUUGAUCAGUACCCCUGCCGGACACGGGCGGCCGCGGCCAUCAUGCACAUGAUCAUGAACAACCUGGACCCCGCCGUGGCCCAGUUCCCCCAGGAGCUGGUGACCUAUGGAGGAAACGGGCAGGUGUUCAACAACUGGGCUCAGUUCUGGCUGACCAUGUCCUACCUGGCCAAGAUGACGGAGGAGCAGACUCUGGUCAUGUACAGUGGACAUCCUCUGGGCCUCUUCCCUAGCAGCCCAGGUGCCCCUCGGCUGAUCAUCACCAACGGCAUGGUCAUUCCCAACUACUCCUCCAGGGCGGACUAUGAGAAGCUCUUUGCUUUGGGGGUCACCAUGUACGGCCAGAUGACAGCGGGCAGCUACUGCUACAUAGGGCCCCAAGGGAUUGUCCACGGCACAGUGCUCACCGUGCUGAACGCCGGGCGCCGGUACCUGGGGGCAGAGGACAUGGCUGGGAAGGUCUUUGUCACCUCUGGGCUGGGUGGCAUGAGUGGGGCUCAGGCCAAGGCCGCCGUCAUCGUGGGCUGCAUUGGUGUGAUCGCGGAGGUGGAUAAAGCGGCUCUUGUGAAGCGCCACCAGCAGGGCUGGCUGAUGGAAGUGACCGACAGCCUGGACCGCUGCAUUGAGAGACUCAGGUACAGGCCCACGGGGUGGGUGGGGGAGAGGCUGUGGGCAGCUGUGAGCAGCUGUGGCAAGGUCCUCUCUCCUGCUCUGUAUCCUUUCAGGGAAGCAAGGAAAAAGAAGGAGGUGCUCAGCCUUGGUUACCAUGGCAAUGUGGUGGAUCUUUGGGAGCGCCUGGUCUAUGAACUGGAUACAACCGGGGAGCUCCUGGUGGACCUGGGCUCAGAUCAGACGUCCUGCCACAACCCAUUCAACGGCGGCUACUAUCCGGUGCAGCUCAGCUUCCCGGAGGCCCAGAGCCUCAUGGCAUCUGACCCUGCUGCAUUCAAGGCCCUGGUGCAGGAAAGCCUGAGAAGGCAGGUCUCAGCCAUCAACAGACUGGCCCAGGAACACUUCUUCUUCUGGGACUACGGCAACGCCUUCCUCCUGGAGGCCCAGAGAGCAGGGGCAGAUGUGGAGAAAAAAGGUGCCAAUAAGAUGGAAUUCCGCUACCCUUCAUAUGUCCAGCACAUCAUGGGGGACAUUUUCUCCCAGGGAUUUGGGCCUUUCCGCUGGGUAUGCACGUCAGGGGAUCCCCAGGACCUGGCCGUCACAGACCAGCUGGCCACAUCUGUGCUGGAGGAUGUCAUUGCUGCUGGAGUGAGGCCAUCUGUGAAGCUGCAGUACUUGGACAAUAUCCGCUGGAUCCGAGAGGCUGCCAAGCACCGCCUGGUGGUGGGCUCGCAGGCAAGGAUCCUGUACUCGGACCAGAAAGGCCGCAUCGCCAUCGCUGUGGCCAUCAACCAGGCCAUUGCCCGUGGCAAGAUCAAGGCGCCGGUGGUCCUGAGCCGAGACCACCACGACGUGAGUGGCACCGACAGCCCCUUUCGGGAAACUUCCAACAUUUAUGACGGCUCCGCCUUCUGCGCAGACAUGGCAGUGCAGAACUUUGUGGGAGACGCCUGUCGCGGGGCCACCUGGGUUGCCCUUCAUAAUGGAGGCGGUGUGGGCUGGGGCGAGGUGAUCAACGGGGGCUUCGGCCUCGUGCUGGAUGGGACCCCGGAGGCUGAACAGAAAGCCAGGAUGAUGCUCAGCUGGGAUGUCUCCAACGGCGUGGCCCGGCGCUGCUGGUCCGGGAACCAGAAGGCUCGCGAGAUCAUCUGUCAGACCAUGCAGGAGAACAGUGGCCUGGUGGUGACGCUCCCCCACGAGGUGGCAGAUGAGCGCCUGCUCCAGCAGGCCCUGCGGCCCUGAACCCUGGAUCCCCUCUGUCCCCUCCUCCCAGCCCCCUCCUGGGCUUCAGCACCUGACAUCAUUGG